AUUUGGCUACUCAUAUCAAUGAGGAAUAUGUAAAAAUUGAAUGAAUUAAUUCAUCAAUCAUUUUGUUUAAAUUACGUAAUCAAGAAAAGAAUUAACCAAUCAGAUGAUGAGAGGAUUUGAUUACCAAUCAGUGAAUGAUUGAUUUAUUAUUACUAUUAUUAUUAUUACAUAUAUGCGGUAAAACAGAAAGUUUAGUCAAUGACUUAGUUGUCUUCUAUCCUCUAUUCAUAAUUUUAAAUUAUGCAACAUUUUAAUUCCAUAAUUUAAUAACGUUGAACAAAUUGAAUAUUAAAAAGAAUUGAACUAUUCACUUAUAAUUUAUAAUGGAUCUUAUUAGAAAUAUUCUAAGUCGAUUAAACAAUAAAAACUUUAUAUGUUUUGGAAUUUGUUCUAUCAAUUUAACAUAAAUUAAAUAACCUUUUGAACAAAUACUUAUUAUAGUGAUUAAUGAAUAUCUUGGAUGUAAAUAAAUAAAUACAAGGACUACAAUUUCCUCUAGUCAAGUGAGUAAAUUUUCAUUUGUUUUUUUUUCUGUUGUUCAAUAUUCUAUGGGUUUAUGAAAUGAACUUGUUUUCUUAAAUAGUAAUUAUUGAAUAAAAUUCCUUUCCUUUGUAAAAGGAACACAAUAUUUGCAUCUUAAAGAAAAAGUUUAUUAAUUUCCUGUUGCUCUUGAUUAGUCAGUCCCUUUUAAGUGCUGUUAGAGGUCUGAAGGCGGUUAUCACUUACUGGUUGCUCAUAUCGUAGAAAGGUUUUUCUGGAGAUACCUGGAAAGGAACUUGGAUUAGGAGUGAUCUUGGUGACCCGAAAGCGUGACCGCAGUGCCCAAGGGAUGACUGCAUGAAGCCGGUCAGGCACAACCAUUUUGUGGAUUAUCUUCCAGUGGUAGCAACGAUCAGAGGAUACAUACAUACACGUGUAAACACCCGUUAACUAUCUUUAUUGUGGUCAUUUCUGAACGCCAAGUUGAUAAUCAUUCUGUUACUAUCACAACAGGAUUGACAACUUUGAAAAUAAAUCAAGAAUAUGGAACUCAAAAUUCUAUCGAAUUCUAUGCAUCCCUUAAUCAGUUUAAGACUUUUGUACAUUUUCUAUUUCUUCAUCCUUCUAAGCAUUAUUACAUCAUCUGUUAAAUGUGCAUGUUUACAAUUGACUGAAAAUGAUCGUCCUGUAUUAUUUUGUCAGUCAACAAUACCAUCUUUACCAAUUCCAAGAAAUGAUAUUCCAGCUAAAAUUGCAAAACUUAUCAUUUCAGGAAUGAAUUCUACUGGUCAACACAAUGGAAUUUUAACACGUGAUAAUCUAACCGGUUUGGAAACAUUAACAUAUCUUCAAAUAAGUAAUUUUGAUUUAAAAGAGAUUGAAUCACAUACUUUUUCUGCUAUGGAACAUUUACGUAUAUUAGAUUUGUCGAAAAAUCGAAUAAUAACAAUUAGAUCAGAAGCAUUUGCUGGACCAUCUUUAAAGCUUCUCUCACUAACUGAUAAUAAAGGCAUAAUUUUUGAUCGAACAUCAUUUCAUGGUGCUCAUGUUUUUCACUUGGCAGCUCGAAACUGUGAUUUAACUUCACUAGAUUACGAGACAAUAGCUAAGGCUAAACCGAAACAGUUAAGUUUAUCUGAUAAUAUUUUAACAUGGUUAGAUCCACAAUUCGCUGAACUUGUCAUAGAUCCUCCAAAUUCAAAAAUUCAUCAUUUAUCAACUGUUCCACCUCGUCCUAACCUUGGCUAUUUAGAUUUGAGCAAUAAUCCCUUGAAUUGUGAUUGUCAGCUUAUGUGGCUUUCAAGGUUAGUAGAAAGUCAGUCUUACGAUGCAUAUCAGUAUGUCACUGGUAAAGAUUUAAACAAUAAUGAUCACAAAAAAGAUGUUACUGAUUGGUCAAAUUCACCAACAGAAUCAUCAAUUCGUUUAAUGCAACAUAUGAAUAUGACAUGUGCACAACCACCUGCCUUGGCUGGUAAGAAGUUACCACGUAGUUGGGAUUAUUUUUGUCCAAUCCCAAGUAUAACUGGAAUUGAAAUAAAUAUGUUAAAAGCAAGUGCAGAUUUUGCUCAACUGACAUGUAUUGGUAAAGGCAGACCAACACCAAGUCUUGCAUGGACAUAUAAGAUACACGGACAAAAAGUACAGCAAAUUUUAGACCCUUCAGUUAAACAAGGUUCCAAUGAUCAGUAUUUUAUGCAUUCUAAUAGUCAAUCAUCUUUGAAUAUAUUACCAGGGAACAAAAUGAUUGAACGAAAACUUGCAUUAAAUGUAAGUUUGAAUUCAGUAAAUAUUGAAAACUUCACAUGUACAAUAUGGAAUAAUGAUGGGAUACCAUCAAUAUCUUCAGUAUCUACUACAUCACUGACUUCUUCCGAGGGUAUUGUUAACCCAUUUAAACCUACAUCCCUAAUUGUCCCAACAUCUGAUAAUCAUCAAACCAAAUUUCAAUAUUAUAGGCUUCAUGAAGUUACUGUACGUGUGUCUGGACCUCUGAAACCAUCUGAAUUUAUUAAUCCUGUAAUAAUUGGUGAAUCUUCAAGUUUGGACAGUCGUAAGCAACAUACUCCGAAAGAUGACAAUGCUGAAGUUUCAAUGUCAUCAUUGACCACAACUUCACAGAUACUUGAUAAACAGAUAACAAAUUCAUUACAAGAGGAAAGUAAAGAGACAUAUGGUUAUUUAUUCAUAAAAAGAUUUACAUUAUUAGAAUUACUCGGUGCAGUUAUAGGAACAUUUAUUGCCACUUUAGCAUUAUUAUACUUGGCGACAAAUUGUUUUUCCUGGUUUUGUCAAAUCAAUAAUCAUUUAUCAGCAAAAAAUCUACGUAAAUCACAUUUAGGAUCGCAUAGUAAGUGGUUUUCAUGGAUAAAUAGUAGCAAUAAUAAUAAUGGUCAUUUGUUGAGAGGUAGUAAGCAUCAAUCAGCUAUGAAUAAUAUUGGAUCGCAUCAUUUGAAUCAAAAUGGGAAUAGUUUAGAUGCUAAACUGUUACAGCGUGAAGAUGUAGAAACAACAUGUACUACAUUUGCUGAUAUGGUGUUAGCAACCACUACUCCAAUGCCAUCACAGUUUGGUUCAACAACGAUAUCCGCCCGUAGACCCAAUAUACCACAAGCGUUGUUACUCACAACUGUUCCAAACCCUCGUCUAGAGGCGAAUUCCACACCGCCACCGAAUCCAGCCUACUGGCCAAUGCCUGAAUAUGCUUAUUCAGGGGCAGGAAGCCAUGAAUAUGAUGUACCCAGACCGUUAGAAACAUUUGUUGGUGAAAGGUGUAUUCUAAAACCUGGACUGACAGAAAAUAACAGUUUAAAUCCUAGUGCAGCACAAUCGUUUCUUAGCCUGGCUGCCCAAUCCUUAUUUCCGAUGAAUGGUACCCAGUUAAAUCGUAACGAUGUCGGAAAUCAGCCAAAUAAUGGAAUCUUUCAAACUCCCGCAAAUAUUACACCUCUAACUAUGCAAUGGACACAAACAAUGAAUCCAAUAAAUAAAACAUUGACAAUAAAUCCUAUCAUUUCAUGGCAACCGAAUUUAGUCGGUUCACAUAAUUCAUCUUUGCUGACCGAUAGACAAACACAAAAUAGUAGUUAUACUAAUCAACCAUCAACACAAUCAAUAUUGUAUUCUGCAGAUUAUCCAACCUAUUUACAAACACGUCCAUAUCCGCAUCAUAAAGAGCAGAGCCUACAACAACAACAACAGUUGAUUGAACUUAUGACGAAUUCUACUAGAAAUUACCAAUCAGAAAACUUUAUGAGCACACCUAUGGAUAUGCUUAAUAGUCAUGAUUUGCCAAGAAAAACUACCACUUGUACACAAGAAAAUAAGGCUCAAAUAAAUGGAACCAAUAAUUAGGACUAAUAUAGAUCAUAGUGCUAAACCUCCGUCGAUAAAAAAAUAAAUCUCAACUGUUUAUAUAUAUUAACUUAAUUCAAAGCAUUUUGUUGUGAAAACAACUCUAUUGUAAAGUAAAUAAAAACUCACCGUCUUCUUGAACAGUCAUAUUUAUGUAAAUGAACAUAACUAACCAUUAAUCAAUAUUACAGAGAAAUGAUUUUUUGUUAGAUUAAUCCAUUUGGAUUCAAUGAAACGACUGACAGACAGAUAAAAAAAGAUAUCUUCCUUUCUACAUUCAUUAGAAAUCUUCUCCUCUCAUUGUAGACACGAAACUCUUGUUCUUGCCCCCAUGCUCAAGUAAUUUUUUAACUAUUCCAAAGUCUUUCCAAGUUAACUAACUAACAAUAUUCAAAUAAAAUCAAACUCUUUUGUGUAAUAAACAUUUCUCAUUCAUCUUUUGUCUACUACUUUAUUAAUAGUAGUCUAUAUAUAUUCAUAAAUUGUGAAAGUC